ACCAUAUAUAUGGAUCUACAGUGUACACUAACCCCCCCAUGAUGCGGUUUUGAAAGCAGAGCCAUUCGUGUGGGACUCUGGGGGGUCCUUAAGAUAACCCCCACGCUUUAUUUUCUCAUUUUCGUCCCUUCCUCUCUCCCUCUCUACUAAAACCCCUCUUCCCCCUCACACCAUCUUCACCUCAUUUUCAUCAUUCUCUGUCACUGUCAUAGGGACAUACAUACAUUUUCACCUUCACACAUCAAACCAACAAGAACUUUCUAUUCCUUAAACCAUGGUCGAGCCUGCAGUAGCAGCAAGCUCAGAAUUAUCAGACUCAACACGAAACACCAACACCAACACCCCUUCACCCUCUUCCUCAUCGUCGUUAUCUCCGUCGCCAUCACCGUCAUCAUCAAGCUCUAAAAAGCGAGCGAGAGACAACAACAAUAGUAGAAACAACAGCAACAAGCAUUCUGUGUAUAGAGGUGUCCGAAUGCGCACGUGGGGCAAAUGGGUGUCGGAAAUCCGCGAGCCGCGAAAGAAGAACCGAAUCUGGCUCGGCACCUUCGCCACCGCCGAGAUGGCGGCGCGUGCCCACGACGUGGCGGCGCUGACGAUAAAAGGCUCAUCCGCCAUCCUUAACUUCCCCGAACUCGCCGCCUCCCUGCCCCGGCCGGCCUCCAACUCGCCCCGCGACGUGCAGGCCGCGGCAGCCAAGGCGGCGUCCAUGGAGGCGCCGCCGCGGACCCCUCCGUCGCCGGCCGCCACGCCGGAGGAUGACCUCGGCGAGAUCGUGGAGCUGCCGCCGCUCGGAACGAGUUUCGACUCGCCCGACCGGAGUUCCGAGUUUGUGUUCCUGGACAUGGACGACGGGUGGCCCUAUUCUCACCCGUGGUACCACAGCAUUUAUGAUGGUGGGUACUUCAUUAGCGACAUGAACAACAUGGUUUCGAUGCAAGAGUCAGAGAGCAUGGUUCUUUCCCUGUGGCCUUGAAGUUAAGCCAAUGCUACUCAUUGCAGUAUGGUUAUAUUUUGGUUCUUUUUUUUUUUUUUUGCGUGAGACAGAUAAUCAUGUUUCUGUUCUUAAGUAUGCGAUUAGGGAUUGGAUUUUCAUGUCCGUAUAUAUGAAAUAACAUUUAUUUGCCGAUAUCAAUCUCUUGAAUGAACAUCAAUACAUUGAGAAA